CAGUAAAAAGCACUUGAAACCGGAAGGUCCAACAGCUGCUCGGUAAAUGUCCAGGGUGCAGAAUCGCAUCAUGAAUACAGAGCAACAAACAAAUCUGCAACAAGGUUAGUGAAACAAAGUCCAACAAGGUGAGUCAUAAAACAACAGGGCACAGCUGUAAAUGUGCCUGGAGCAGCCCUGUGGACACUCGGAAGCAGCGGAGGGGUAUUAUCACUGCCCCCGUGAUUCACCAAGAGCAGUUUGAUGGAACCGUGCAAAGAGGAAGCCGCUGUUAAAACCAAAAAAAAGAAAAACUUGUAUGACAUUGUUUACUCAGUGAUGCCUGGUGGGUGCAGCAUCAUCUUGUGGGGAUGUUUCACUUCAGCCAGGAAGGUUUUGUGAAGGUACAUGGAACAUAAAUGCACUGAAAAGAAAGAAUAAAAAGACAGGAAUCCUGGAAGAAAACCAACCGCGACCUCCAACAGAAGCAAACAGUGCAAUUUGGAAGAUUUGCUUUCCGGCAAGAUGAUGACCCUCAAACACAAUUACAACGCUACAUGGGGAACGGCUUCAAAAAGUUGGGCGGAUUAUGAACGCUUUUGGACACCAACCAUCCAACCAGCAGACCAGCCCUAUUCAGCACCACAGCGCUCAGGAGCUCCUGGACAUGGCCGUCUACUGCGACAACUACGGGGUGUACCAGCAGAACCUGCACCACCAUCACCCGCAGAGGCCGCCGACGCACCCCCCCAGCUACGGCCUCGGAGAGUACACCUCAGCGUCGGCGAACCCUUACCUGUGGCUGAACGGACCCAGCAUCAACUCGUCUCCUUACCUGCCCGGAAACAACAGCACGUCCUACAUCCAGUCCGGAUACGGGUCGAACCAGAGGCAGUUCUUGCCGCCUCCCACCGGGUUCGGCGGCGCGGAUCUGGGCUGGCUGUCCAUCUCCAGCCAGCAGGAGCUCUUCAAGAUGGUCAGACCGCCUUAUUCCUACUCGGCGCUGAUCGCCAUGGCCAUACAGAACACCCAAGACAAAAAGCUGACUCUGAGUCAGAUCUAUCAGUACGUGGCUGACAACUUCCCUUUCUAUAAGAAGAGCAAGGCUGGAUGGCAGAACUCGAUCCGGCACAACCUGUCACUGAAUGACUGCUUCAAGAAGGUGGCACGUGACGAGGAUGACCCCGGUAAAGGAAACUACUGGACGCUGGACCCGAACUGUGAGAAGAUGUUCGACAACGGCAACUUCAGGCGGAAGAGGAAGAGGAGAGCUGACAUAACCGGAGCCGACGGCAGCGCCUCUCUGCCCGUCAAGUCGGAGGACGGCGGCGCGCACAAGCUCUCCGACACGGCCAGCCUCCUGAGCUCCUCCCCGCCCAGCCUGCACGGAUCCCCGGCCUCCACGGAGCCCAAGUCGUCCCCGCCUCCGUCCGCGGAGCACAGCCCGUGUUACAGCAACUUCGUGUCCAGCGUGAACUCGCUGCUGUCGGGCAGCGGCGGUGGAUCCACCAUCGACGGCAGCGGCGGCGGCGGCGGAGGCUCCAGGGGAGGAGAGCGGGACUACAGCUCCGGGCAUCUCGGGGGACUGUCUCAGAGCAGAGAGGGCAUGUCCGGACUGGGCUCGUACUCGCCCUCUUUAAUCUCUGACAACAACAGAAUGAACUAUUACGCAUCAGUACAGAGCCUCUCCAACCAUUUUAGUGUUAAUAACCUCAUAUACAGCCGGGAGGGAACAGAGGUGUAGACUGUCUGUAAGAGAGAGAGGAAAAAAAAAAGUAAUUUAUCACUCAGUAGUCCUCACAUUUCAUUAGUAGCCUCAUGUUUCUGGUUUAGUGGGACUCUAGUAAAACUGGCACUGGAGCUGAACUGGUAUUUCCCUCACAAUAACCCUCCAGAACUGGGAAAAAGUACAAUUUCUGUGUAUUAGACAGGAAUGUUAAUGUCGUGGUUUGUUAAUGUCCAUAUAAGUGCAACAAACUUGUUUUAAAAAAAAGAAAAAAAAAUGAAAUCCUGUAAUUUUCUUCAAAAAAAAAAAGAGCUUAUUGUAAAGCUGCUCUCUCGGGCUGUUUUCCUGUCUUAACAUAAGAAGACGAUAUGUACAGAAAUUAUUUUCAUAUGAAAAUACAUGCUGUGUGUUUUUUAGACUGAACUGUGCCUUUGUGUGUGUGUUUUUUAUUUAAACUCACGUGGAUGUUUGAAUAAAAAAAGUCAUUUAUUUUAA